GAGGGAAGGAGAAAGCGGAGGGGGAGGGAGAGAGAGGGAAAGGGGAAAUCUCGGGAAGAACCCACCGCCCCUUCCCCCUGACGGCGAGGCUCGAAGCUCCCCGGAGCCAGGCCAGGGCAGGUAGAACAACAUGCCUCGAGCGUUCUUGGUGAAAACCCGCAGCUCUGCCGGACGAAACCGCAGCUGGAGCGAAAUGCCAGACGAAAUGCGAGCCGAUGUCUACAUUCCGCAUCCACUGGACAUAAUUCACUGCCGAGCGUCAGAAGUGUGCGAGGCUCCCCUCUGCCUGGCUGCGGACGACAGCACAGGGAAGGAGUCGCCCUAUGACACUGACUCGAGCAUGUCCGCGCAGGACGUGGAGAAUGGGAUCAAUCAGAGCGGCCAGCAAGGAUUCAUCCGCUCCAAGAUUAAGGUGACCAUCGGAGAGUGCGCGGCCGAGAGUUACGCCUGCCAGUUGUGCCACAAGACGUUCCAGUUCCAGCGCAUGCUGAACCGCCACAUGAAGUGCCACAACGUGGUGAAGCGCCACCUCUGCACCUUCUGCGGCAAAGGCUUCAACGACACGUUCGACCUCAAGAGGCACGUCCGUACGCACACAGGGAUCCGCCCGUACAAGUGCGACCUGUGUGAGAAGGCCUUCACCCAACGCUGCUCGUUGGAGUCCCACCUCAAGAAGAUCCACGGCGUCCAACAGGCCUACGCCUACAAGGAGCGGCGGACCAAGCUCUACGUGUGUGAAGACUGCGGCUUCACAGCCGAGAGUCAGGAGGGACACUUCGUCCACGUGAGGGAAAGGCACCCGGACAGCCCCUCGCUGCGCAAGAGCGCCAAGAAAAUGGCGGUACUGCAGUCCGGCCUCGGCUCGUCUUCCUGAUGCCCCGUCUGCUCCCCCCCUCCCAUUCAGUGGUGGGUGAGGGGGGAGGUGGGCUUUGAGAGCCAUACCAGCCCGCCUCAACGCUGCUGCAACACCCGGCUUUGGCCGGAACGCUCGUGUUGAUGGGAGUGUUUCAGCCAGCUCCUUCCCUCUCCACCUCCAACCGGAAAGAGCGGGAGGAGGUUCUACGGAAGCUGCCUCAGGCGGGGCAACUGCAGCGACUCCAACCCGCUACAGUGGGAAACCGGUCCAGGGGCCAUGAUCGGGACUGGCGCCACUGAUCACGUCAGCGCUGACAGCUCCGAAAUCGUGCCUUCACCACCCACCCCACCCCCGCCACCCCCCGCCUUUUGCACUGACCCGCCCAGGACGAGACCAGCUACCUGCUUCGCGGACCCCACACCUGCACCUUGUUGGAGUUCCUGUCGCUGACCUUGGUCCUCUGGCCGGAAAUUUGACUGUCCCACGUCCCCUAAACGGUUGCCACCUGAUCCCACUAACUUACCUCCGGAACUAUUUUCAACGAGGGGAAAAAGGGGGUAAGAAUGGCACUUUUUAUUUUAAACAGUUGCUGCUCGAUGGGGCUGACGGACUUCAUGGGUAUCGCUGACCACGGCUGUCCUCUCCACACACAACCGACCUGCUUCCAAAAGGAAUCACUGGCACGUGGUCACGCUGGACCUGGAGAUAACUCCUGCUGCUGUCAACUUUCAACUUCUGGGGACUUUGGUGGGAUAGAGAGGGUGAGGUGGGGGGGGGGUUGGGAAUGUAGGUGAACGGACUGCUGGGUGGAUGCUGCUUACUAUCUAUGGCAUUGAGCACUUUUUAUAUCAUAAGAGAACCGGGAAAAGCAACAUCAGUCGACAAUUGGCAGUGAAACAUAAUUCUGUAGGCAGUACGUAUAACUUCUUAACUAACUGGAACUUCCACCCUUCUGAUUCUUACAUGACUUUUCGAACUGAUUUGCAGAUAAUUUAGUUUAAAAUUUUCUGCUCAGGGAUUUUGUGCAACAGGUACAUAUUUUAAUAACACAGUUGUGGGACUUCUGACUGUAGAUAAAGCUCCCUCCACACCGUCCCAUCACACACUCCCAGGGUCAGACACAGAGUGAAGCUCCCUCCACACCGUCCCAUCACACACUCCCAGGGUCAGACACAGAGUGAAGCUCCCUCCACACCGUCCCAUCACACACUCCCAGGGUCAGACACAGAGUGAAGCUCCCUCCACACCGUCCCAUCACACCCUCCCGGGGUCAGACACAGAGUGAAGCUCCCUCCACACCAUCCCAUCAGACACUCCCGGGGUCAAACACAGAGCGACGCUCCCUCCGCACCGUCCCAUCACACACUCCCGGGGUCAGACACAGAGUGACCCUCCCUCUUCACCGUCCCAUCACACACUCCUAAGAAUAGUUUAGAAAUAAAAGAAUGAAAAUAGUUGUUUAUGUACACGUUAAAACUCACUACUGAAUGGAUUCGGUCUUAAUUCAGAAGGUGAGGGGGUGGGGAAUGAGUCCAAGCAGCCUGUCUGAUCCCACAGGGACUGGAACUACUUGACUGUUCCAGGCUCACGUGUUGGGGAGGGUCAGUGCCAUGCUAAGAUGUGAGGUCCCUCAGCCUGAAGAGUUUUCACUCUGUAUCAGCCCAGGGAGACACGAGAGACUGCAGCUGCUGGGAUCGGGAGCAACACACAAAGUCCCAGAAGGCAGAUUCAGCAGGUCGGGCAGCGUCUGCGUGGAGGGAAAUGAGCGGUCGGGGCCGCGGACCGAGAACUCCCCCCCGAAGCAUCGACUGUCCAUUUCCCCCCUCCGUAGACGCCACCUGUCCUGCUGAGUGUUUAUCAUCAUGUUCCGAACUCUGAACUCUCUGCUGCUGUCAGAACCCCCCCCCCCCCGAAAGCCACCUCGUUGACCCAGUCCUGAGGCGAUGAUGUGGUUCCAUGCUGCAGCGUCAGCGGGCAGCGUUCCUGUUGGCACAAUUAUGGUACUUUACUUUGUUACAGCACUGUAUAAACUCGGUGUACAGGAAAAAAAAGUUGCAAAAUAUGAGCAAUACAGUAUGUGUUUUCAAUGUAUUUUAAAACUAUUUUUUAAUUAU